AUGGCUUCUCUUCACGAUAGUCCAGCUUCCACACCUCAUUUCUUCAAGAUCAUUCUAGAUAAGACUUCUAAAAACACCAAAAUUAAAAUUCCAGUGAAGUUUUUGGUGGAGUUGAAGAAACAAAAAGUGCCAAGCAAUUUAUGGAAUCCAUUGAAAAUGAAAUCCACGUAUAACACCCUAAAGGAGGAUUGGACAAUGGAUGACUUGAUUACAAUCUUUAUUCUUGAGAAUAGGACACAAGCUUGUCUUGGUGUUGUUAACAUGAUCACUACCAAGAAGUGUUAG